GUGUAUCAAACCAACCACACCACAGCCUUCAAUUGAUUGAUUGAUUGAUCACUGCAUAGCCACUUCACUCCAUCCAUAUGGUGCAUCAUUCACCAUAUAUAAAUCAUCAUCGAUUGUGCUAUCCAAAUAUGUGAAUAAAGUAUAUCAAGGUUUCAGUGUUCAACAUUGCUACAGUACAGUGCACCAUCAGAUACUCAUAUUAACUUGCUUACCUGCACCCCUCUCACCCCACCACGGUGCUACCUUCCACUGUCCAUCAUUCGUGAUAACAACCUUUACAUUUGUCCAAAUCUUGGUAGGACUCUAUCACAAUGGCCAAAAAAUCGAAGAGCUCUAUUCCGAACCCACCUCGAAGUAUUUCUGACGACUCCAGCAAUGACGAUGGAGCUCCCAUUUAUACACCACCCGAAACUGAGUCUAACGAUGGUCCUUCAACCUCAGCUCAUGUUCCGGACGCAAACCAUCUCCACGACGUAAUUACAGGACUUCAAAAUAUCAACCUUGCGCAAGAUAAAGCUGGUCAGCUGGAGCAAGAGUCAGACAAGGAUAUCUCUACGAGUAAAAAGAAGAAGCGCGGACUUCGAAUUCGGCUUUCAGGCAAAAAACUAGUUCCCGCAGAUAUCGCUGCCAGUAAUGUCACUGUUUCCCUCCAGAACCUUGCAGUUUCCGACAAAGAUACAAGCAAUUUGGAGCUAGAGAAGAUCAACCAAAAAGCUGCAAAGAAAAGAAGGAGGAAGGAGAGGAGACGCAAGGCUCGACAGGCUGAAGAGGAAGAGAAAACCCAAAGUGAACUAUCCAACUACAAAUGGUUCAAAAACGCGGGAUGGAAAGACAUGAAAGAUUUCAUGACAGGUCAUGGUUUUAAAUGGGGCGAUGCUGAUGAUUAUGCUGCGGCAAGUGAGUUGAUUAAGAGACUCAAGGAGGAUCAAGGUUUCGAGGAACAUGCCGAACCAGAACCACCAAAGAAAGAAGUAAUCAAGGAUGCUUCAGUCAAGGCAAAGAUUGCCAAGACCAAGAAGAAAACUGUAGUCGGCUUGUGGGCAGAUUACUUCGGGAAUGAAACUCAGCUUGCAAACUGGCAAAGACUUUGCGUCGAUGUUGGCAUGGAAGAGAUACCUACUAGUAUUACCAAGUGUCGCAAGGCUUUAGGAAAAGUCUGGGUUAACAUCUACGAUUUCCUCGAUGCCAAAGCUGAAGGCAAACCAGUUAAGAAGUACUCUAGCGAACGUGAGCUUGCUAAAUAUACAAUGAAAUCUGGCAAGAUUUAUCCAAAGGUUAAGGCUAAGGAAGGCGGUCCUGUUAGAGCUCUGUUGGCGCACAUUUUCGGACACUAGGAACAGAUCUAUUCAGGUUCUCGAGGUGUCAUUUUUUGACAUGUUACGCAAGGAUGACUUUAUGAGCAAAUUGAUGACAUUAGGAAAUUUGAUUUUACAGUUGGGAUAUCAGGGUUUGGGAUAGUAUGGAUGACUGGGAUAAUCAUAGCGUGUUGGCAUGGGAUUUGUAUUGCGUUCAUCAUAUUGCGUUUGGGCGGGAUAGUAAUGGUCUGGAGUGUGGAUAGCUGCAUAUACGACGCAUACACAAGCAUUUUGCA